UGCUAACGGCUGUAAAGCGGAGGAUUCUGGGAUAUGUAGUUCAUGAGCUGAACGCUUGUAGGCGUGUCUGGCGCUUACAGCCAUGUUUAUUAUGAUCACUCAUCAGGCAAGCUGCUGCAGAGUUGCUCGUUCAUGCGCGAACCCACAGAAGAAAUGACAUCUCCAGAAAUUGCGUCCCUGUCUUGGGGCCACAUGAAGGUAAAAGGUUGCUCCUCUUCAUAUAAAGAUUGUAAGGUGUGGCCUGGUGGCAGCCGGGAGUGGAACUGGAGAGAAACUGGGACGGAUCAUUACCCAGGCGUGCAGCCAGCCGAUCUGGAGGAAAUCCUGAGGAAAGGAAUUCAGACUCUGGUGAUUGGGAGAGGAAUGAGUGAAGCCCUGCAGGUUCCUCCUUCCACUGUGGAGUUUGUGAAGCAGCAGGGUGUGGAUGUAAAAGUGCUGCAAACUGAGAAAGCUGUAAAAGAAUACAACGUCCUUGCGGCACAGGGGGCAAAAGUUGGAGGAGUUUUUCACUCUACCUGCUAAAGAGACUUAUUGUUGACCCACAGACCUGAGGUCACCUGCAUUUUCCACUGAUGGCUCAUGCAGUCAAUUGAAGCUAUUUUUUUAAAGCAUGACGUGGUGAUUAUUGUUCUAAAUAAUAUUGUCAAUCUAAAGAUAAAUAUAUCUCUUUGUGAUUUUUG